AUGGAGGCAGAUGAUCAACUCGAGCUUCGGAGAAGAGAAAAAAUUGAAGAAGUUCAAGCGGCCGUUGAAAAACUAUUAGGACAAAAGUUCCAGAAACUGGAAAACCUACAGAGAAUGGAUAAAAUGCUGAAAAAAGAAAUUCAUCUGCUUCAAAAUGCAUCAAAAAAGGCACUGGAGACUCAUUUGGUCACUUGUAACUACGCAUUCUACAAAUCAAUUAUUGAUGAAAUCGAAUCUAUGGGUAAUGCGACUUCCGUUCUCAAGACAUUCAAACGAGACGAUGUAUCAGUCACAGUGGAUAUUGUAACUAAAGAUCCACAUGUUUGGAUCAAAUUGGUGAAUCGUCCUGCAAAAACCGUAUUAAUCGAAUAUCGCGAUGGAAAGCGCAACGGAGAUGUGAUAGCUCAGAUCAAACAACAUCUUCACGUAUCCCGACGAUUCAACAACCCUGCCAUCCAUAUCCUGUUCAAAAACGGAGUUCUUCGAGAAAUGGCAGAAAAGCUGACCCGACAUGGAAUUGUUGUGAUUGGAGAUAGAGUUGAAAAAGAGGAUCCGAGUCUCGUGGGGAAAUGGAACGAAGAGCUUAUCGAGCGAUUGGAAGAGCAAGAGGAUUCUGAUUGGGACGACGAUGAGGAGUUUGAUCCAACUACGAGGUCGCCUCCACUGCUAUCUCAACAACAAUCGGCAGUUUCCACAAUCAACCUAGACAUCUCAGCUGUGAUGCUUCUUGUUUCGAAUAUGUGCGAACCUCCUGGAGCUGAAUUCAGAUUCAAAGAAGAGAUGAUUAAUAAGCACGUGCAAAGUGAACGACAUACGCCAGCUAAAGCAGGAUUGUUGGAGAAGUUAAAGGGCAAUCGGUUGAUAAUGAGUAGAAUGGCAAUUGAACGAGUAUCUGAAAUAGUAAACACGGUAGGCGGGCCAAACGAGAGAGCCAGAUUUGUGGAACUAAUGAAAACAGUCGAGUCCAUUCCGGACCAAGAAUCAGAUGAAGUCGGAAGAGUGGCCAAACUUUCGGAUAUCAAAGGAAUUUCUUCUAUUACAAAGAGAGUUUUCUCAUGUGCCGAAAUGACUAAUACGACUACAGUAACCGCUAAUCACAAAUUCCUGACACAUGCCAAAGCAAAGAACAUCUUCUUCAAUGUGAUCGAAAUUCCACCGCGCCCACUGACCGAACAAAAAGAAUCGACUGCUGACCGAAUUUGA